CUUUCCCUUCUCCCCACUUGAUUCCCCCUGUUUUCAAUUCGCUCAGCGUUUGAAUAUAUUGCUUUCUUAUAAAAUCAAUUUUCUUUCCUUAUUAUAGUGUUUUUUUGUUGUUCCAAUAUUACUAUAAUUAUUAAUUUUUUCCCUCUACACUAUUGUUAGUGUAUUAUGGCUGGUUUGGACUUAAGCUCACCUUCCCACUUCGCCUCCCCUCUCCUCCGCCCCAACCUCCACCUCCACCGCCCCCUCGAUUCCGACGAUGAUUCCACCCCCAACAACCACUUCUCCCCCAACAACAACAACAACAACAACAAUUCAUCCGGGGAGACGGUCGCGCGUCGCCAGCGCGGCCGCCCAGCCGGGUCGAAAAACAAGCCGAAGCCGCCCGUGAUAAUCACGCGCGAGAGCGCCAACACGCUCCGGGCCCACAUCCUGGAGGUGGCCUCCGGCUGCGACGUCUUCGAGGCCGUGGCCGCCUACGCCUCCCGCCGCCAGCGAGGGAUCUGCAUCCUCAGCGGCACCGGCACCGUCACCAACGUCACCCUCCGCCAGCCCGCCGGGACCACCGUCGCCUCCCUCCACGGCUGCUUCGAGAUCCUAUCCCUCUCAGGCUCUUUCCUGCCGCCGCCCGCCCCGCCGGGAGCCACCAGCCUCACGAUAUACCUCGCCGGCGGGCAGGGCCAGGUGGUCGGCGGGAAUGUCGUCGGCGCGCUCAUCGCCUCCGGCCCGGUCAUCAUCAUCGCGGCGUCGUUCACCAACGUGGCGUACGAGCGCCUGCCGCUGGUGGACGAGGAGGAGGGGAUUCAGCAGCCGCCGGCGUCCGCCCAGUUCCCUGAUCCGUCACUAGGCCUGCCUUUCUUUAAUGGGCAGCAGCUACCUAUUGACGGUGCAUGGGCCGGGAACUCUGCCGGCCGGCCGCAGCCGUAUUAGGGUUUAUAAGGUCAGAUGUCAUCAUCAUCUAUGUACAUUUGCUUCCUCCUCAAAUUUGUCCUUCAUUUUCCCUUUAAUUAAUUUAGGUCUUAUUUUCAGAACAAAAAAUUGAGUUGAGAAAUAAGUUUUGGGGUAUA